UGUCAAACAGUUGUCAACAGUUGUGAACGAAAUGUAAAUAUAAAAACCAUAAAACCGGUAAAAGAUUUGUGGGGAGUGAAAUCUCUGAUGGAAAUUUCGUAUAUGAAGCAAUGUGAGGAGUUGAAAGCAUAAUUAUCAGGAAAUUAUGUUUUUUCCGAUAGGCUGGCCGCGAGUCUUGAACUCGACGGAGCCUGAAAAAAUUCGUGCUGUGGUUUGUAAUAGGGAUAAAAUUCUUUUUGCUAUUCUUACCACGGAUGCAUUGGCCAUCUGGUAUUGCAAGCCAUGUGUUCCUAUCGUAUUCAUCAGAAGGCCUGUGGAUUCUAUAAACAAAUACGGUGACAACAUUUUAGUACAAUGGAGGCCAGACUCAAGCAUGUUGGUUGUUGCAACUUCCGACAGUUAUUUAUUAUUCUACCGCCUCUCUUACAAUGGUCCUGAUGCUCAUGGACUCUAUGAGCAACGAGAUUCACCAGUUACAAGUCUGAGACGAGACAGCGCCGAGCUCUUUAUCAAAGAAGUUAUUCCCUCACUUACGCUAAAUUUCGAAAAGUCAGCAUGGAUCGAUGGUGGAAUCAGUUCUUUGGUCUGUAUUCGAGACGAGCUUAUGGUCGCAACAAAAACAAGUCACGUGGUCCGCCAAAAAUGGGAUGGAACAGCAAAUCGAGAUUAUUCCCUUGACCUUCGUAGGAUUCCUUUCAGUGUUGACCAGCAAAUUUCGACUGUUGCUGUGCCCAUCACCGAAAAUAAUGUUUAUGUUUUGGAUAUAGAAUAUUCGCCUUUAGUUGGAGGAUUUGCGAUUGUUCUCAGUAACGGCAAAGCUGCUUUCUUGACUGCUCAGUCUCUGAAGUUCGAUCCGAAUCAAGUGCAAGGCAUCUGGGCAAGGGAUUUGGACGACGCAACUUGUGCUGCAGUCAAUCACAAGUACCGACUAAUCGCCUGUGGCAGAAGAAAUUCCGAAGGAGUCGUCUAUUACGUCGACGAAACGACAGGAGCUUUGGAAGUUUCUCAUAGUCUCAGUUUGUCUUCCAAGGACUAUCCGGGAAAACCAGGACAGGUGACGUGUUUAAGAUGGACUCCAGACAGUUGUGCGAUAGGGAUGACUUGGGAAGGAGGUGGUUUAGCAAUUUGGAGCACAUUCGGGGCUCUUCUACUUUGUUCCUUGAAAUGGGAUUAUGGAUUAAGGGUGGAUCUUGCCCGGGACAAUCCCUUGCACAUUCACACGAUGGAAUGGUCUGCGGAGGGCUAUCAACUUUGGAUGCUGCGAGAGUCGCCUGAACCUUCGAUGGCUGAGGAAAAUGGAAACGAAAUAACCAACACGCACACUCUCAUCCAGAUGGAUUUUGCAAAAAGUCCUUUAACCGUCAACCCUUGCAUGGGUCACCAUGGUCAUCUGUAUUUGCAAGGAGAAGAUCGCCUAUAUUUAAAUCUAGGUAGCGGAGUUUCUACUCAUACAGGCUUCCAUCUUGCAAAUGAAAUGCCUUUGGAUAAUUCUACACAGGCGCUUUCUAGUUCAAAGCAGUGGUUGGUUGUUCCUAUUCCAAUUGCCUACAGCGGAUCCAACUGGCCAAUACGGUUCACAGCAAUAGACAAUGAGGGUUUAAGCAUCGCAGUCGCUGGACGCACCGGACUAGCUCAUUAUUCGCUUCCUUCGCGAAAGUGGAAACUCUUCGGUAACGAAACCCAGGAGCGCGACUUUAUAGUAACUGGAGGUUUGCUCUGGCACCGAGGAUUUCUAAUAGCAAGUAGCUACUCACUUUUGGAAGACAAGGACGAGAUCAGAAUCUAUCCACGAGAUACGAGACUUGACAAUACUUACGUUAGAAGUGUUAAAAUGCCUUCACAGAUUCUUUUGCUCAAUUCGAUGAAGAACCAUCUCUUGACAUUUUGCGCUAAUGCUCAAAUUAGUAUUUAUGAUAUGGUGCUGGAAGGAAAUGAAGGUACUGGGAGUAUCGAAUUAAUAAGAACCCAAACGAUCGACAUCGGUGGUCUCUGUGUUCAUCCAGCUUGUGUAGUGAGCGCAACCCUAACGACGAUUCGUGCUGAAACAGCCGGAAGCCAUCCUCAUCCUGAAAGUCUUUUACUGAAUGUUUCUGGAAGGCUUCUUAUGGUUCAGCGUGAACAUUGCACCGACAAUCCGGAAGUGCUUUUCACUUGUGGAGCUCCGACGGUACUAGCUUCUUGUGUGGAGAACGUUUGGGUUCCCUGGCGAUCAAGAAGAGACAAGCCUCAUUUGACAGAAGCACUCUGGUUGUUUUGUGGAGCACACGGCAUGCGAGUCUGGCUGCCUUUGUUCCCUAGAAAUCAUCAGGACAAAGCUCACACGUUCAUGAGCAAAAGAAUAAUGCUACCUUUUCAUCUGAGGAUCUACCCGUUGGCUAUUUUGUUUGAAGAAGCGAUUUUACUCGGAGCGGAAAACGACACUGUUCUCUACACUUCGGACACGCAUUCUCUUUUCUCGUUGCCGUUCUGUUUACUGGAAUUGACGAGUCAAGUCUAUCUUCACCAAAUUCUGAGACAACUGAUUCAUCGAAACUUGGGCUAUCACGCCUGGGAAAUCGCCAGAUCCUGUUCAGCUCUCCCCUACUUUCCACAUUCCUUGGAACUCCUUUUGCACGAGGUGCUAGAGGAAGAAGCAACGAGCAAGGAGCCAAUUCCAGACGCUCAACUGCCCUCGGUGGUGGAAUUUAUACGUGAAUUUCCUGGCGUUUGGGCUCGAGCAGUUGUCCAGUGUGCUAGAAAAACGGAAAUUGCACUCUGGCCUUAUCUUUUCUCCGUAGCGGGAUCGCCGAAGAAAUUGUUGCAGGAUUGUUUGCAACGUCAGGAGCUGGACACUGCUGCCAGUUAUUUAAUCAUUUUGCAAAAUCUGGAACCAUCAGCUGUCAGCAGACAACAUGCAACUCUGUUACUGGAUGCCGCUUUAGAACAAGGAAGGUGGGAACUGUCCAGAGACCUGGUGCGCUUUCUCAGAGCUAUUGAUCCAAAUGAUGUCGAAUCUCCACGAACUUCUUGGGGCGGUUCUUCAAAAUUGGGAGGCCCAACACAAACUCCUCCGCUUUCACCUCAAGAAGACGACUUGUCUCUCGUUUUAGGAACGAUGCAAGUCUCCAGAAGUCGAAGUUACAGUACAACAGUGUCUCCGAAAGUCCAAUCAGAAUCCGGGAGCAAAGAUUCCACUCCUUCAUCCAUGUUGGAGAAAACGAGAAAUGUUGUUAUGAGGCGCAAAAAAUCAGUGCCUACCGUCAAAGCUGAAAAGUCCGAGAAUAAAGAGGGUUCGGCGGAGGAAUUCUUCAUCGACGUUAUUUUGCAAAGACACGCGCGUCGUUUGCUGUCGGCUCGUCGAUUGGCUGAUCUUGGCCGUUUCGCAGCUCGACUUGAUUUCCAUUUAGUCACAUGGUUGGCCCGCGAAAGGGAAAGAGCCGCUAAAAUAGAUGAUUUCGUCGCAGCUCUAAAAGCCGUUCACGAAGACUUCAUUUUUCCCUAUCCGUUGCUAUCAUUGCCGUCCUUGAACAAGUUCAGAAGAUCCAGUGUCACAUCUCUGAGAUCCUUGCGAUCGACGAACUUCGAGACACCAGAAGAAAUUUUGUCUCCGAAUAUCCCUCUGGAUGUUCCUGACAGUGGAUACACUAGUUUGCCUAGCAGUAGACCACCUUAUACGAGUUUGGUGUCGCCAGUUGCGAGUUUGGAAACUCAAUUUCCUGUCACGGAAGCGAAUCUCACACCACAUAUGUUGCAAGCAGAUUCCAAUAGUGUUAUCAGCGAAACGAGCACAGUUUGGAGGGACGAUAUCGAGUCUAUUGUAGGAACAGGAGUCGGAACAGUCUGCUGGGUUGCACCGGAACCGAUCGAACCUGCAGAGCUGCACGUGGCUUCGCCUGCAGGCCCGGUCAGUCGAGCAGAAGUACAGUUGAGAUAUCUUCUGCAACUUUUCCUUGAGGGUGGCUGCCUUGGAUGGGCUGCUGUACUCGCUACAGUUUUAAGGGACGCGCCUGCUAUGGCAAGAACUGUGAGAGCAGCCUACGCACCAAUGCAAACUUUGGAUUCUGCCAUCAAUUUGAGAGAAGGACUUCAUCUGAUGACACGGUGGUCACACUCCGAAUGCCUGGGAUACAGAUCAUUCACGUCAGGAAUCCAAGGUCAAAUAUCUCUUCUGAAUCGUCUUAUCAUGACUAAACAGCAACAGGAACAGGAACAAAUUCCGGAAAGUCCAUCUCCAAGUCCGGCACCUUCUGCGGGGAGUCAGCCACGGGGUAGCAUUUCUCGUUCUCGACAUUCCUCGACCUCCACGACUGCUUUGGAGGAAGAGCGUUCAGUCGACUCAUCCACAAGUGUAGAGGAAACGAGCUUUCGAGGCAGUCAUAGCAGUCUGAAAGAUCUGGAAGAAAACUCGCAGUCAGGAUGUACCAUUUCCUAAAAAACUAGCAAAGAUCCUUCUCUAAACUAUUUUUACGAAUCAUCAGUCUCGAAUUACUCGUAGGGUGCCAGGAAUUCUCAAUCAAACUCUUAUAAAGGCUGAAAAAUUUAGACAAUUUGCAACAUUACAGGGUGAAUUGAGGUUUAAUUCAUCUGCGUAAGCAGAUAAGCAGAGUCGAAAGACUGCUCGUUAUUUGCAAGAUCUCGUCGAGGUUCUGACUUGGCUGACGAAUUUACGUAUAUAAUUGUAUAUAGACAGUUCCCCAGAUGUUUUAUAUCAUAGUUCGUAGGUAAAGUUAUUGAUGCAUUUCCAUUUAUCUCAAACUUCCAAGAAACGAUUGUCUUUUUAAUUUAAAUUGAGAAGAUCGCUUUCUGUGUGAAAGCACCCUUUUCAGAGUUUCAACUUGUUUAUAUUCAGUCAUUGUUAUACAUGGUUAACUGAUAUCUUUGACUAAUUUUCUCUGUGGACGAUAGGUGAUAAGAUUUUUAAAUGGUGCAAUCCUGCAAAGUGAUUACAGUUUGUCACCUUAGGAAUUGUUUUUUUUUUUCUUAAAAAUAAUUAGCAUAGGGGCGUGUUAUUUUUAGUCGCAGUAAGAAAUUGGCCAUUGAUUGAAAAUCAAAUUAUAAAUUUAUUAGUUUUAAGCAGCUUGUUCCAAAUUAUUUUAGCCGGGAAAUAAUUUUAUUUAUUUACAAUGUACAGGGCGUCUACUCACCUGAAAAAACCUGGAAAUGUCAGCCGAUUUCUUCUAGAGCUUGCUUACAUUUUUUAAUAAUUUAAAUAUAAAAUUGAGUAACAAUGUUUUUUUUCACUUU